AUGCUGGAGAGCGACAAGGGAGGGAAGGUGGAGGAGCUGGCGAUGGAGGAGGCGGUGAGGGCGCAGUGGAGCCGAGAGAGCGACAGAGAUGCUGUCCUCAAGAAGCUGCGAGAGUGUGGUCUCCGCAGCUACCUCGGCCUCGUCAAGUGCAUCGUUUCGCCUACAUGGCACGCUCGAAUCCCACGAUCGUGCCGGCUGCGAGGGAUCCCGACGCUGAUCAAUGUGCUGAUCAGCGACAAGAUCAAAGGUGCCAAACUCCUCCGCUCGCAGUCUCUCCGCUCGCUCGUCGCCAUGGGGACUCUAGCAUUGAACACCAAGCCCUUCUUGAUAUUGUCGACUGUGCGCAGCUUAGGGUUGACGUGCGAGGGGGACAUGAGAGCUCUGCUGCUGAUGCCUGCCGAGUUGCUCGAAAGUGAGGAGAAGGAGUUGCAGAAGGUCUUGAGGGAGUCCCUGCUUGCACUUGUGCCGUAUGAGGUGGGAAACGAGGAGACGAAGCUGAGUUACUUCAUGUCUCACUUCUGGGAGGUCGAGCCGGGGCUUCAGCUCGUCUUGAGUUCGGCAUGCGACAGCGAGGGAGAGGGCAAGCACCUUAAAGACUCGCUGCAGCGAUGUGGAGUACACGGGCUGGUGGACUUGAUGCUGACGCUGUUCACGAGUGUGGAUGAGGUGCACGAUGCGAGACAUUGUCUGCUCGGGGAGAGCACGCUGCUGAAUCAGCUGCUGCUACUCCGAUGCGGCAAACAGAGCAUGCUGACCAGCUCCUGCCUCCUCCGGCUGGCAAGACUGACAGCACUGGAGUCUGCGGACGGCUCGAGUGGGCUCAUCUUCACCGCUCCCCAUGGCAUCUUCCUGCAUAGACCUGGGCAUGCUGACCACAAGGCUGAGGUCUACACGUCUACCCUCGCGCAGACCCUGGCGCAAGACGUCGACGCCUCCUUCGUCAUUUGGUCGGAGCAGGAGAGGAGCCGAUCAGGUUUCUUGCAGAAACCCGAGCCGUUCAACCAUGAUCCCAACUACGUGCCUGAUGACAUCAUCGCUGAAGUUCCUUUCUACCGCUUCUGCCUGCGGCAUAUUCGCCGGUUCCGCAACAGGCGGCAUGGAGUGCUGCUGGUAGACGUGCAUGGACGUCGGGAUGUGAUUGCUCGAGCAGACGGGAGUUGCGAUCAGUCGGAUUGCGACAUUGGGGUAGGAGCAUUGGAGUACUCCUCCGGCAAGGAGCAGGACAGACUCAAAGCUGCCGCACUGCGAGAGAGCUUGUCAAGGUCCUUGUCGGAGCUGUUGGGAGCCUCGGGCUUCACCGUCAACAGCCACCCGAAGCUCUCGGGCUUCAUCUCCUCCAUCAACCGCAGGGUGGACGAGGACGAGCCGAGGUACAACACGAUGUCGAUGCAGGCGGUGAGGAUGGGACUGCCGGCAGUGCAGCUAGAGCUGUCGCUGAGGCUGAGGAAGGCGCUGAGGAACGACGAGGAUCUUCGAUGUCAAUUUGCUCAUGCACUGCUGGAGAGCUCCAAGUCUGUUGCGUUUGAGUACCAGCCGAUACAAACAGAUAGAAAAUGAAAAAGAGGAUGAGGAUG